AUGGCCUCAAACCCCCUUGCCCAAGUCACAUUGAGGAAACCUGGGACCUACGAGGGCCCACACCCAAGACUACCCCGAAAGCUGCGGGCCGAGCUUGAGGCCGCGCUGGGGAAGAAGCACGCGAGCAGUGGUAGCUCCAGUGGUUCUCAACGCUUGGUUUCCUUCCGUCUGAUUCGGGAUCUGCACCAGCAUCUGAGAGAAAGGGAUUCCAAACUAUACCUUCACGAACUUCUAGAAGGCAGUGAAAUAUAUCUCCCAGAGGUUGUGAAGCCUCCACGGAAUCCAGAAUUAGUUGCCCGGCUGGAAAAGAUUAAGAUACAGCUGGCCCAUGAGGAAUAUGAGCGAAUCACCCGCAAUGUAACCCGUCAGGAUUCAAGGCAUGGUGGAACUCUCAGUGACCUGGGAAAGCAAGUGAGAUCAGUGAAGGCUCUGGUCAUCACCAUCUUCAACUUCAUUGUCACGGUGGCAGCUGCCUUUGUCUGCACUUUCCUUGGAAGCCAGUAUGUCUUCACAGAAAUGGCCUCACGGGUGCUGGCUGCAUUGAUCGUCGCCUCGGUGGUGGGUAUGGCUGAGCUGUAUGUCAUGGUGCGGGCAAUGGAAGGCGAACUGGGAGAGCUGUAACUGGGCUUCAUCAUCAAAGUCCAGAGAAGGUUUAGGGGGCUCCAGGCUUCCAGCUGCCAGUCACUGACUCAAUUAACCCAUCAGGCAAUUUGUACUCAACUCCAGUUAGUCAAAGGACCAGGCCAGGCCGCCUGCUGUUCCUGUGGGGAACCCCAUCUUCUAUGAAUUUCUAGAGGAAGCAGUGGAGGAGAUUCAGACAGCCACACAUCUUUAAAACUGAAAGAACUGGUCUGUCAGCACCUUCUCCUAAAUCUGGUGCCUAUUUACCUUCUUCAGUCCAUUCUGGACACUGCUGGAGCUAGAGUUUUCCCGUCAGGAGUGAAUGGAAUCCAGGCCUUCCCAGAAGUAGACCAUACUGCCUUGAACUUGUCCAAGUGCACAUAUUGAUCGCUAUCCUUUUCUACACAUUUUUGAUGCACACCCAUAAUUGAGUUCAGAAGUCUCCAAGAAAGCAAAAAGAAUCCUCUUUCUCCAGUUUUGUUGGAAGAAGAACUGAUCAGAGGACAAACAUCAAAUAAGAGAAAGAUAGGAUGGUGAAACUGAAAGCAAGGAAGCUACCUUUUUGGAAAAGGAAAUGGUAUUAGGCCCCAUUUCCAGAAGACAAAACAGACUCUGAUAGAGAUUAAAUGACCAGCUAUGACCCUUACUCUGUUCAGUGGGGCCAAAGUCUCCUAUGUUGUCCUGAAGUCUCUGUAAUGUUUUACCUUUUGAGAAAUUAGGAGUAUGAUGAUAGAAUCUGUGUAAUGCACUUAAAAGGGUAUCAGCCUUAGUUAUUUAUCCAGUAAAUAUUUAUUGUAUCCAAUGUGUUCUUAUUUCAAGUACUAUAACAACAUAAAUCACAAAGAUUUUAAUAGUUCUAAUUGUUUAGGGUCUGCUCCUAAUGGUAGACUCUUUUUGUUCACUGUAUGUACUCCUGUAGUCUUUUUCCAAAGCACUUUUCUGUUUUUAUAAAUUAUAUACCCAUUA